AUGUCAAAUCUAGAAGAACUCGAUUUAUAUCUUUCAGUGCAUUAUGAGAAAAGAUUUAUUGAUGGUUAUGAUUUGAAAGAGAAUAUUAUCAAUCAUUUAUUAGAAUUAAAAAAAUUUACAUUUAACAUACGUUCAUUGUUGUAUCUCAACGAUCAAAUUUAUUUAUCAUCAAAUGAAGAUAUUCAACAUUCAUUCAAAGAUUUCUAUGAUCAUCAAGUUAUUUCAUAUGUUGAUUAUUUCUCAAAUCGUAAACAAGGUCAAUGUCAGAUUUAUUCAUUUCCACAUCACGUACAAUAUUAUGAUUAUAUUAUAAAUAGUUUACCAGAUGGAAUAUUUGAACAUGUUCGUGAAAUUUCAUUAUUUGAUGAACGUCCGUUUGAACAUGAAUUUUUUCUUCGAAUUGCUAAAUCUUUUCCAUUGAUAGAAACAUUAAGUAUCAACAAUAAACAACCACAGAAAAACAAAUUUUCUCAACAAUCAAACGAUGAUGAUCAACAUUGA